GACGAUGGCUUCUGCCGAAAUUUCGACCGUUAAAACCAUCGCCCAAAUCAACGCUGAAGCGCACAACUUUAUACUGGUCGCUGUUGUAAUUGCCAAAAGCAAUCCACGCUUUUUCAGUGGCCAUUCCAAGCAUCGCGAUGUCCACGAGCAGGAUUCGACCGGCAGUAUCGAAACGGCACGCGGUGUACUAACGCUAACGUUGCGCGAUUCGGCCCGUGACACAAUCAACUGUACCGUUUGGGGUAGGGCCGAUACUAUCGCACACUACGACAAUGCGUUCGCGAUUGGCGAUGUGAUCGAUGUGAACCGGCCGCAGGUUUCGUCCUCGGUGUUUGGCAGAUCGGAACAAUACUCGCCGACCGUUACCUCGCCGUACGGUUUGACGGUGAACGAUCAAACGCAGAUGGCACAGCUGGUGCGCCACGAAGGAGGGCAAGAUACGGCACGACUGCAGGCACUACUGAGGGUACCGUUGGUGCAGCCCAGCACAACGAUUCCGCUGGCCGAUAUCGUGGCCAGUGGAUCUGGUUGUAAUGGGGAAACAUUCAACUUGCUCGUGGUUGUUCGUGCAGUACGCGCCAAGCGGGACAUUCGAGUGGCACGAAGUAACGAGAUGAAAUCGUUCCGGGAGGUGAUACUGAUGGAUAGCAGCCAUUCCGGGGUGGUGAUGAAGUUUUGGUCCGAGAGCUAUAUCCGUUGGUCUGAACAGUGGAUGCCGCUCAAGACGGUACUGCUGAUAGUGGACGCUAGGGUGGAGUUUAGCGAGUACUACAAAACCAUCUGUCUGGCCGUGGAUAGGAAAACGAUCAUUACGCAGGAUCCUCUUCUGCCACAGCUGAACAGUCUAUUGGCACAUGCAAAAAGCAUCCCCACGCAGGACAUCGAUGUGGUUUGCUCGCUAUCGUCCGGUACCGUUGACCCAACCACAAUAAACACGGUUAUGACCGUGCAACAGAUACUGGACCGCACGGAAGGCAAUCUGGUACAGGAGCAGGACCAAUUUACCGCACUCUGUUACGCCGUAAUCACCCGACUUGAUCUCGAUGGUCCGACGCGAAACGUUAGCAAACGUUGCCGGAACUGUCGUACGUUGGUGCGGGGUCAGGAUGCAGCCUGUCCCAAGAGCGACUGUCCGGGGCAUCUAACACCAGGUCGAGAAUCGUUUUUCGAUCUUACCGUCGACAUUACGGAUCACACGGGAACGCUGACCGGCUGUCGGAUGGUAAGCCGGGUGGCCGAAACCGUGCUAGAGUGUGAUGUGGCCAGCUUCGAGCGUCAAAGCGACGACCAGAAGACACAUUUGAAAUGGAAAUUUCUGUUGGAUCGUUGUGCCGUGAAGCUGAUAGUAAAGAGACGAUCAGCCGUACGGUUUCAAAACCUGUACUCGAUUGUAGCCUGUACAAUAGCGGAUCCGGCCGAAGUGGAGGCGAAGCUAAAGGUUUACUAA